AGGUUCUGGCAGAUUCUAGAUUCUUCGCUGUAUCCACACCAAGGCAUGCUGACUGUACUUGAGCUCCUUGACUUGGAGACUUGCAGCAAUGGGAUCUUCGCAACGGGAGGUACCGUCGAAAAUGGCCUGGUAUCGCGAUCACACGUUUUGCGUUUUGAGAAUACCGGUACGGGUAGAGGGGAAGAAGGGAAGAGGGGAAGAAGGGAAGAGGGGAAGAAGGGUGUACCGUAGGAAGGAUGAAGCGGGUGCUGGUACCGGUAGAGCACAUCUGUCGCCCCCACUGACGGCAGGAGAGUGUGCGGGCACCAUAAUAUCGCACCGGCACUGUAUUGCGGAAGGCUGGAUACCGGUACGUUGCGAGUCCUCUUUUGGGGGUCGAUCGCAUUGCGAGAGCCUUUCUCAUUUCCGCUUCCCUUUCCAGAGAAAAGCAGACAGGAUGGCGCCAGGCGCGUCGAUCCCUCAUUCCCCAAGGCAGUCGGUGCGGCAAAAUUCUCCGACCGUGCCUGCCACCCCACCUCCUGUUCCGAUUGGUGGGAAGCGAUGCGCAACCACAACGAUCAGGGGGAGUACUCGAGUACGAAUACCCGAGUACAGUACCGGUGAUGGUUCAGAGUCCCCCCCUUCUUCCCCGUCCCUUUUUUCCCUUCUGUGCGUGCGCUUCAUACGGGCUCACGGGGGCAGGAGAAACGUAAGGAAGGGUAAAGGAGAGACCGUUUUUUUUGUUGUUCCAAUUUCUGACCCUUUACAUCUUUAGCCAUCUCACCCCACAUUUUGGGAUGCAGGCAGGAAGAUUGUGCUGCUCUGGCCUUUCUCGCCCCUGCAUCUUGGCUGGUCCUUCUCCCAUGACCACCCUUCUCGGUGGAUUCGGGAAUCCGCAAUUCACUCCCAACGGGUGUUAAGCCUGGCCUACCGUAGUCCGAUCGAAUGCAGGGGAACAUAGUGUCUUUCUUUUGGUGGGCUAUGUUUGGCUCUCUUUUACACCUUCUGUCAUUCAAUUUUACGCAAUUCCUCACGCAACCCUUUUUUCUUAUUUCCAUAUUUUCUUGUUUUCUUAUUUCUCAUUUUCCUCUCCCGUUUCGUAUUCUUGCCGUCCUCGCCAUUUCGUGGCCUUCCUUGGGGGGGGGGGGCGCUUUCCGGUCUGUGGCACUCUGCUUGGGUCCGGGUUCUCCUCCUCCCUUUUCAUCACAUCAUCGUCAUCCACGGCCGUCGCAGUGUACCCAUACUAUAUCUCAAAUGCAAACGCGCCGGCUGGCUCUCC